AUGCCCCGAAAUCAGUGCCGCGUUCCCUUGGAGCAGCAGUCCCACGUGUCUGGGGCAUCGCAGACGACUCCAGCGCCAGGGGACGGCGCUCACGAGAACACGCCGAAAGUGGCGCCGAUGCCGUCUGCCAGUGCACUUGCAGCAAGAGCGAAGCAUCGCGGACGCGGACGUCCCCGAACCUACCCUAGAAAGACGUCCUCCGCGCACUCUCUCCACCCGCACCAUGCCCCGGACGAGCCAGAGAGUGGUGAUCACGAUGAUGCACUGACAGCGGCCGCGUUGCCUCCCGCCGUAUCCAACCAAACUUCCAUCAUAGCGGCUACCGCUAACUCCACAAGAGUGGCGAACCAGCACGAAGUCGCACAGAGUGCCGAAACUUUCGGAGCAGGGGCGGCGGUUUCGGCUGAGCUGCCCUUGCCGCUGCCACUGUCACCUCUCGGCGUCCCAUUCUCGUCUAGCCGCGUUACCACCGCUUCGUCCCUUGUUACAGCGAUCCCAGCCGACACCGCGCAGGGGGGCGAGGAAACGGCCACCUUCUCUUCUCGCCCACCUUUACACUCGUCCACGCGGAUCAAAACUGCUGUGCCGGCAGGCAUUGCGGCGGGCGAGGCCGACCGUGCAACGCUCGGCGCACAGCCGCUCCUGCCUUCCAUGGCGGCCUGUAUGGCGGCGUGUUUUGGGUGGCGGCUGAAGAGGUGCAGCGUUGGCGAGGGGGCUCAGAUAAUGUUUGUCCUGCAACAUCGAGCGAUACCAGUGGUGCGCGUGACGAUCGAGAGCACUGGAGGCGCAUUCGCGCAGGCAUGUGGCGUUUCGAGUGGGACCAACGCUGGUGCGGUUCGAGUUAACGGCACUCUUAUGAGCCUCCCGCAGUGUGCGGCGCAUCUGCAGGAGCUGACGCACGCGCUUUUCACUCUGUCGGACACCACGCGAUCUGCACCGCUGACGGAUCACGCGCCGGCCGCAGAGGAAAGUGAUAGUGAAGGGGAAGAGGAUGGAAAGUCGGUAUCAUCGCCCACCGUGCAGGCACCGCCUCUUUUGUCGCCGAGCGAGCAGGCGAAGGCCGCCGAGAGGCGGGUCCGGAAGCGGGCGCGCAGUCGCUCUCCCUUGCGGCACGCGGACUGGACCGCUUCAGUGCCUCGUGCGACUGAACUUCUUCCCUGCGUCACCGUGCCUAGCCUCACAGAGGGGCCUGCAGGUGCGGGAAGGGACGGCGAGGAGGCGAGCAAGAAGAGGUCACAGCCACAUCCUCCACCCUUGAACUCUUCUGACGUUACCCUGUCCCCGACACCGCCAAGACCGCCUCCUGUUUCUCUGGCCGCUCCAGACGUCGAGGUCGAAGCUGAGUCAUCACUUCUCGCGACGACUCCACCGAGAACAAGCGAGCAGGAGAAGGACGUAGACACGCAGCCCUUGAGUGCUCUGUCGACACUGGCUACGGCGAUGGAAGGUGGUGAGUUGUCGACGCCGUUUCCACGGGCUCCUCCUACCCCGCGCACCAACACUGGUAAGCCCAGCGUGGCGUCAAGGCGGUCCGCGUCCUCGGCGGACAAGGGUGCUGCUGCAAGAGAGUCACCAACGCCUUCCACUGUUUUUGCUUCCCCAACCAUGCGACAGCGGCGCACUCUCGCGCCCACCACAGCCGCGGGCGCCGCGGGGCCGGCAUCACCCAUCACGGGCGAGCAUCACGCCCCGCUGGCCUCUCUGACACCACCCCACGCAGCGCUCCGAACAGCAACCUUUACGAUGCCGCUUGCCUUUCACCACACGCCCGCAACCCCCCUCGCUGCGAGUGGCGCACCGGAGGAGUUCGAUGUGGCCCGCUGCAAUACCGGCAGCAACGGUGGUCACCAAACCGUCUGGUGCGACUCGGCUGGUUGGUCGACGGACUCAUCGCGACUCUGGCUGGCCCACACUCACGCCGUCAGUCGUGCGUUCCAGUGCAUGCCUGUCCCUCCCUGCCGUGUGCCAGCGACCACGAAGGCCACUCAGCCACUCGGCGGCGAAGGUGCCAAAGGACAUGGAGCCAGUGCAGCUGCAUCUGCGUCCUCGACGGUGCCGCUGAUGGAUUCGGCAGCCGCUGCAGCUCUCGUGCGGAUGACGCUGCGCUGGCGAUGGCUCGAGCGCUCGACAAUGUGGACGGCGAUGGAGGACUCGCUGCGUAUGGCUGUCGGUUCAGGACAUCUUCACGGCGACGCCCUCGAGGCCGGCGUGCAGGCGCUGCAAGCAAGCGAGGAGGAGCAGCGCCGAUACGACGGAGUGGACGCCGACCCCGGUGAGGACUGCAGCGACCUAGGACCCUCGUGCGGGAGGACCGCACUGGAUGUGGGCCAGGUAGGCCAUGGAGCGGAGCGGCAGCAGACUCGGUCUUUUCCAGCCUGUCCGCCGCGUGCUCUGCUGCCGGUGUCGGGCAGAGCCGUCGUCGAGGCACAGCACCGUAUCACAGACUCCGAGGAGAAAGGCGGAGAAGAGGAUGCACAUGGGCCACGCUACGUCGCGUGCGCUGGUGGCAUUCCCUCCGCUGACCGUAUUGUGAUCGACCACACCUAUUCCACUCGCGGCUCGUACGUUAUGGCAUCACCCGUGACGGCAGAAGGGACAACAGCAACGCCGUGCCGCCUCUUGGCUCUGCAACGGAAUCCGCAGGAGGACCUGCACUACCACGUCUACAAGCGCUUCAUGCCCACCGACAUGCGCUUGGCAAUGGAAGCGGAAGAGGCGCUGACGGUAGGACCAGGCGGCAUUGUGCCACUGCACGGGGGCAGCGCUGAGUUGUCGCCGGCCUACACGCUGCGUCGAGAACAAAGCGGCGGUGAAGGCGAUGACAACGAGGAUGAGGAGGAGAGGGAUGACGGAGCUGACGAUGCCGACGAGAAGAAAGCAUACGACUCGUCAAAUGCCUCACAGGCAGCACUUAGAGCCCCCGCAGCGCCAAACAUGGCAGACGCGAGUAAGAGCGGCCCAUUCGCUGACAUGGACUACGUUCUGCGGCACCGCCCAUCGAUCCGGCGUAUUCCAAUGCCAGAUGUGGAGUCUCGCUACGGACCGUGA